AUGGACACCCUGUCUAAUCACAUCGUCGUCGCCCAACUCAGCAAGACGAAGAUGUGCAUGCAACACAGAAGGGGCCUUUGCAAAGAGGGAAACUGCUGCCGCUUUGCGCAUUCAGCCGACCAGUUGCGACCAGCGCCAGAUCUGGCGAAAACGGCAAUUUGCCGUGCAUUCUCUCGUGGAAUGUGUGCGGAGGCCGACUGCAAGUUUGCACAUGGUGAGCAAGAGCUUCGCGUUAGUCCGAGCGUCUACAAAACUCAGCUGUGCAAUUUUUUCGCCCGCGGUCACUGCAAGAAGGGCGAGCGCUGCCGGCAUGCUCAUGGCCGAAGAGAGCUACGUGAGUUUCAGGUUCAAGACGAGAACCAACUUGAAAAGGACCUGCCAAACCGAGAUCGUCUAGAAGACUCCCCGGAUGUCUUCAGCACGCCCCAGAAGGGACAGAUCAGAGCACCGCCGGGGCUUCAGCGCCAAGUUCUUGGCGACCUGACCAACCAGGACCUGUCCAAGCGAGAUGUUGGAGGUAGUUCUCCGGACAUCUUCACGACACCGAAGAAGGCAUACAAAGAGAACAUGGCGACUCCCCCAUCGAGCUUGCCCAUGAAGGUCGCUCUUCCCGGCCACACGCCCUUGACAGGAGUACCAGGCUGCGACAGCCCAGCUCUAUCAUGGCCAGACGAGGAUUUGGAAAAUGAGCUGGGCGCUGAGCAGCUUGCAGCUGCUGCAGCAGCGGCUGCCAUCUCAGCGCAAGAGCACACUGCGGCGGCGAACGCCGCAUCGGCGGCCGCGCUGACAUGGGCACGGGCGGCCGCGCAACAAGGCUCUCCAGUUGACUUCAACACCAUCUUGGCGCUGCUUUCGACGCAGCCGCCACCAUCCCCUCCACCACGCCGAGAGGCAAAGAGCUGGGUCCUGUAG